CCUGGCGUUUCGGAUGCGUAAAGUAGUCAACUCUUUCGGGCGGAAGUUGGAUGUCCUCUCUGUCUCUGUCUCUGUCUCUCUCUCUCUUUUCUUCCUCCCUUUCUUUUUCUUCACUGUUUUUGAUUGCUUCAUUCAAGAUAAAAUCUCAAUAGCAAAACCCAGGGUCGGGAAACCGCAGGCUGUGCAGGCUCGAUGCCGGAUGAGGUCACCCUCCCGGUCACCGACUACUAAACUCGACACGCCAACUGCGAUCCUAACCGCGGGUUCCCCUGCCUCCAUCCGGGUUCAAUACCUACGAUGGGUGCAUGUCUCGAUCCCGCGCGCACGGCGGCAAAAAAAAGGACCGUCCGUCUCGCGGGGGUCUCGGGAGGCAUGUCGCACAACGUUUCUUGACGCAAUGGAACACAAAUACCGUACCGGUAGUCGGAUGCUCCCCCCCUUCCUCCGACGGGAAGGGAGAUGAGGCAGAGGGAGAAGAAAAGGGCGGAUUGUCUGGGGACGUCUGCUCUCGGGUGGCGGCGCCGCCGCGGGCCAUGGCUAGGGCCAAACUGGCUGGCCUACCUAGGUACCCUAAUUACCUACCUACUGUCCUUCCACUCUUGAAGCCUUGGAGAUUCACCUUUGCUUUUACGUGCGACUGCGCCGGGAGCUUAGCCACUAUAAGGACCUACAGGGGGUUUAGUGCAGCAAUGAGAUAGAUACCAUACUCCCCCCCCCCCCCCCCCC